AUGGAACAUCUAGUUUUAUAUUCAGCUAAAGAAAUUACAUACUUUUUUGUUUUUUUGUCUAAUAAUUUGAAUUUUACAAUAACUUUCAAAAUAUAUUAAUAUAUUCAAAGAAAUAAAUCAGCAGCAUAAGAUAAAAAAAUUGUUGGAUAUUCUUAUUUUACAUCAAAGACUUUAUUCGUUAUUGUUAGAUUGUCCUAUUGUAAAAAAAUAAUCAUUUUUGUAAGAAGCUAUUCUAUUGUUGAAAUUUUAAUGAGAAAAUGUUUGGAAUAUCUAAAAAAUAAAGUAAUUCCCAAUUUAAAAAUAAUUUUAGAAACGAUGAGAAGAAAAGAGAAAAUUGCUAAAUUGUUUGGAAGAUUAUCAUUUUGA